AGCUAAGAUACUGAGAAUAGCUCAGCAUUGUAAACUCUAUAUAAAAUUGUAAUACUAAGCAGCACUAACUGUCAUUUAAUGUAACAUCAUCAAUGAAUCGAUGUUCUACAUGCAUAAGCAACACGAAGAAACUGAUUGUACCACUCGAUGUAAUAUUUUAACAAUCCCUGAAUAAAAAUAUAAUUUAACUGUAUAAUUGCGUCUGUCUUAUUUUGCUUCGCUACAUCAAUAUGUUUUUUGUAAUAUCCUAUAUCACCGUAAAAUUACGUUGUUUUAUUCUCAAGGUGGUGAAAGUGGGUUAAGGUAGGAAAAUGCACAUAAAGUUAUUUUAAAAUUACUUUAAGGUCACCAGUUCAGGGAGAACAAGGCGUUCCUGGGAAAUUCUACAGAUAAUAAACAAUUAUUCCAUUGCCACUUACAUAAACAGGGGUAUAAAUAUAAGCUACAUCAGCCUUUGUACAUAUACUACCGAUCUUGUUGAAGACUUCAUCUUCAUCUCUGUCUCCGUCUUCCUCAGAGUGCGUGUAUCUAAGUACUACUCAGCUAUCAUGGACAGUCACAAAGCGAGCGUCAUUUUCACACUUCCUAAUAGGCUUAACUGAUAGCGAUUCAGACGGCGAGCAGUUAUUUCCCCUUCCUUCCAAGGAAAAGCAUACAAGCGCUAAAAGAAAAUCAAACGAUGAUAAAAAAGAGGAGUCCACCAAAAGAGCAAAGAAUUUCGAGUAUAAUUUUUCUGAUCCGACAGAAGAGAAAAAGCUCAUACCCCCAAUAAGCGCUUACCUAGGAAAAGGGAUUAACAUCAGCAUCAAGGAAUACAGAAAGUCCUAUUAUCUUGCUUUCCAAAAGAAUGUUGGAGAUGAAACAAAGAACAGAUUCAACAUGAAUCUUGACCAAUUGGGAGCUUUAAAAAAAGCUAUAAAUGUGUUUGCAGAACAUAUAAAGAAAAAUUGACAUUCACGAGUUAAAUGAAAAUUUUGUAAAAAAAUUGAACUAACUUGACAAUUUUCCCUAUAUUCAUCUUCUUAGAAUGUCGUUUAAUAGAAUAGAAUCAAGUUUUAGAGGUUAUAUUUCAGCUUACCGACACUCUCCGAUACACUCUGAUCCCUACAACUUAUAUAACGAAAUUCGAGAAAACAUUUUCUUACUCUUAUUAGAGCAAAACCUACCUUUCCGUCUUUUAAUAUGCAUAAGCAUUGAAUUUAUUAAAGAUACUCAUCCUGACAAUUUACUGCAAAACGCUUACUUCUGUUCAUUUGCUGAACGCAUAAUAUCAUAUAACCAAGUAAAAAGUAAAGUUAAAAGCUGUUUUCAGAAAAUAUUCAAUUCCAUUGAAACAUAUAUCCAAAACGGUAGUGGUUGGGUUAUUAAUAAAAUUAACUUUUUAGAUGUUAAUAUCGGACAGUACAGAGAACCGCGGGGAGGUUGCGGUAAUAUAAAAUUACCUGACUGUUAAAAAAAAAAAAAGAACUCUUCUAAAUAUACGUUGCGAUGAUCACAAAUGCUUCAUAUAUAGUUGCUUAGCUCAUCUCUUUCCUCCUGAAAAAAAUUCUAAUGCUCCAAGCAGUUACCAAAAUAAACUAAAAUACUUAAAAUUGAAAAAUGUAACCUUCCCCAUGAAACUCUCUAACAUAAAGCAUUUUGAAAGUAUCAACAGCUUAAAGAUAAAUAUUUUUACUUAUGACAAAGAAGUUUUCCCCAUAUAUAUCAGUAAUAAAAAGUUGGGUUCGGAAAUAAAUUUACUUCUGUAUAAAGAGCAUUACUUCUUAAUUAAAAAUCUAAAUCGUUUAUUAAACUCCAAAAAAGGGAUUCAUCAUUAUUGCUCGCGAUGCCUGAUUGGAUUUCAGAGGCGAAAUAGUCUUGUAGAUCAUAAGCGAGUGUGUUGCCAAAAUGCCCCCCAAAAACUAUCACCGCCUAAAAUAAACACUGUAAAAUUUACUAGCAUUUACAAAAUGUUGUUCCAUCCUUUUAUUUUGUAUGCGGAUUUUGAAUGCAUAACGAAAAAUAUAUCUACUGUUUUACCAAAUACAUCUCAGAGUUUUUCAGCCAACCUAGAGCAUCACGAACCAAUCAGUUUCGCAUUAAUAGCAAUUAAUAUAAAAAAUGAAAUAAUAUAUCACAAAUUCUAUUGCGGAGAAAAUCCAGUACAAAUAUUUUUAAAAACAAUAAAAAAAUUAGCAAAAUCUUUAUUUAAAAGACUAUCAUGCAAUAAACCAAUGAUCGAGGAAAAUAUACCAACGGGAAAGCCUAGCACAUGUUACAUAUGCAAGUUAAAAUUUGAACCGAGUGAUCGCAUUGUCAGAGAUCAUUGCCAUGUUUUAGGCAUAUUUAGAGGUUUCUGUCACAAUUCAUGCAAUUUAAAUUUAAAAAGAAGUAAUUUCAUUCCUGUAGUCAUUCACAACCUUAAGGGGUACGAUUCCCACUUAUUGUUAAAACAUAUGUCUCCAGAAUUCGCGCAUCAGAUUGAUAUAAUUUCGACGAAUAGUCAAAAAUUUACUAGUUUCACCCUCGAUAAUUACAUUAAAUUUAUUGAUUCGUACGCAUUUCUUGAUUCUUCCUUAUCUUCUCUUGUAGAAAUUUUGAAAAUUUCUGAACAUCGGUUUGACAUUUUUGAUUCUUUUUUCCAAAAUAAAACAAAUAGAAACUUACUCAAACAAAAAGGAUUUUUUCCUUAUAGCUAUUUUUCAUCAAAAGAUAUUUUAAAACAAAAGACAUUUCCACCUCACGAAGCCUUUUUUAACAUUUUGACGAAUUCGAACAUAACAAAAAAAGAAUACAAACACGCACUGAGGGUUUACCAAGAAUUUCAUUGUAAAAAUUUUCAAGAUUACCUUGAAUUGUAUCAAAAUACAGAUACAAUUCUUUUAGCUGAAGUAUUUCAAUCGUUUCGACAAACAAGCAUGAUGCACUAUCAUUUGGACCCUGCUCAUUUCCUAACUAUUGCUGAUUUAACGUGGCAUUCUGGUUUAAAAUUCACAGGUCAGGAAUUAAAAUUGUUAUCGAAUGUAGAAGACUAUGUCUUACUUGAGACUCAAAUGAGAGGUGGAAUUUGCUUUCUCGGUCAAAGAUAUGCCCAGGCAAAUAAUCCAUAUCUUUCUUGUUAUAACCCCGAUGAACCUACAAAUUAUAUUGUGAAUUUAGAUGUUAACAAUCUUUACGGACAUUGCAUGUCUGAAUAUCUACCUGUGGGGGAUUUUCGUUGGCUUUCACCUGAAGAAAUAGCUGUUUUUGAUUUAGCAAAUGUAUCUCGAUACUCAGAAACGGGAUAUUUAUUAGAGGUAGAUUUACUAUAUGAUAAAUCAGCUCAUGAUUUCCAUGAUUUUCCCUUAGCAGCAGAACACUUAAAUAUAAAUAAACAAAUGUUAUCAGAUUAUCAAAAAAAAAUAUUGUCUGAAAAAAAUAUUCCAUUCACCGAGUGUAAAAAGUUAACACCAAAUUUUUAUCCAAAGAAACGCUACAUUUUACACUACAGGAACUUAAAAUACUAUUUAAAGCAUGGGAUGUCUUUAAAAAAAAUUUAUCGGAUCUUGGCUUUUUCACAAUCAGACUGGUUGCGAAGCUAUAUAAAUUUUAAUAAUGAAAAACGCCAACAAGCCAAAAGCGAGUUUGAAAAAUCUUUCUUUAAAAAAAUGAAUAAUGCUUUUUUCGGCAAAACAUGCCAAAACGUUAGAAAAAGAAUUAACUUAAAGACUGCUCUUACACCCGCUGAAUGUAGAAAGCAUUUAGCAAGUCCUUUACUUGAAUACUUUGAGAGCAUAAACGAAGACUUCGCUGUCUUUAAGAUGAAAAAAAUUAAUCUAGUUCUCGACAAACCAAUUUAUGUAGGAUUUUGCGUGCUUGAGCUAGCUAAAUUACACAUGUAUACUUUAUAUUACUCUAAGUUCAAAAAAUAUUAUAAAGAAAAUUGCAAACUCUUAUACACAGAUACUGAUUCUCUAUUCAUGCAAAUAUUUACAAAUAAUGUUUACAAAGAUUUUAAAAAUGAAUUUUUUGAUAUCAUGGAUCUAAGCAACUAUCCAUCUUCAAGUGAAUUUUUUAAUUCGGAGAACCAAAAUAAGUUAGGGUUUUUAAAAGACGAAACGAAAUCUAAACCUAUUUCAGAAUUUAUCGGUUUACGAUGCAAAAUGUACAGCUACAAAUGUGAAAAUACUGAAACGAAAAAGGCAAAAGGUGUAAAACAGAGUUGUUUAAGAAACAUAACACAUGAACAUUUUAAAACCUCUUUACUUAAUGAAACGAUUCAUCGUCACGAGCAAUAUUCUAUACAGUCAAAAUCACAUAUUCUUUCUACAACCAUAUCAAACAAAAUUUCUUUAUCUCCGUUUUACGAUAAAAUAUUUUUGAAUGAGGAUGGUGUGACCGGAAAAUGCUUUGGUCACUAUUCCUUGCUUGAAGAAUAAUGGUAGUAUAAUUUUCGUUUAUUUUUAUGUUCUUCAAAAAAAAAUUUUUUUUGAAAAACUAUUAAGCAUUCAAUAGCUACCUUCUGUUAAGGGGAAAAUUGUCUCUUAGUUCAAUUUUAUUUCACAUGCUUUGUAAGUGAAUCAAAUGUUUACUCAGAUCGACUGGUUGGACUGAGUUUUUUCAUGGUUUUCUCAGUCUAUAACGCAAAUGCGAACCAAUAUAAGAAGAUCUUCCAUGAGAUAUUAUUAAUAA